CUCUAGGUGCGCAGCCUGGCGGACGGCCGUCUGUACGCCCUGAAGCGCUCCGCCCGCCCCUUCCGCGGCCCCACGGAGCGCCAGCGCUCCCUGCUGGAGGCGCACCGCCAUCGCGCCGUGGGGCGCAGCCCCCACUGCGUGCAGCUCUGGGCCGCCUGGGAGGAGCGCGGGGUCCUCUACCUCCAAAGCCAGCUGUGCUCCGAGGGCAGCCUUCAUCACCAUCAUCAUCGUCAUCAUCACGGUGGGCCGCUAUGGGGCUGGAGGCUGAGCGCUUACUUAUGGGACCUCCUGGGGGCGCUGCGGCACCUCCAUGGGCGGCGGAUGAGCCACGGUGACGUCCGGCCCAGCAACGCCAUGUUGGAUGGGGGGCGAUGUCUGUUGGGUGACUUCGGUUGGUGUGGGGAGGAAGGAGGAAGCGGACGUUACGCGGCGCCGGAAGCGGCGGAGGCGACGGCGGAGGCGGCGACGGCGGAAGGGGACGUCUUCAGUUUGGGGCUGACGGUGGCCGAGGUGGCGUUGGGGGAGAGGGCGGACGACGGAGAGACGUGGACGGAGCUGAGGGGGGGGCGGCUGCCCCACGCGCUCAGGGCAGCGCUUCCCCCGGAGCUGCUGCCGCUGUUGGCCGCCAUGUUGGACCCGGACCCACAGCGGCGCCCCACAGCGGAGGCUCUGCUGCAGUCGGCCCCAAUGCGGCGCGUGGGGCGAUGGCGGCCGCUCCUCCGCCUCCUGGAUGUGGGGCUGCGCCGGGGGGCGGAGCUGCUGCAGAGCUGCCGUGCCGCCCUCCGGCGGAUGUGGGGCGCUCUAUGGGGCAGAGCUAUGGGGCAGAGCACUCCGCCCCACACCCCCCUCCUGCCCCACAUCGACCCAUGGGAUGAUGAGGAGGAAGAGGAGGACAGCGAAGCUCUAUGGGGCCGCAGCCCCCCCGGGAGCCCCACAGCCUUCCGCCCCACUGCCUCCACCCCACAGCACCGUGGGUCGCCACCAAGCACCCCCGAGGGCAGCCCCACAGCUAUGGGGCGCCUGCGCCGCACUCUCACCUUCGAGGAGGAUUCAGAGCCCCAUAGCGCCGCCCCAUAGCGCCGCCCCAUAGCGCCGCCCCAUAGCGGGAGCGCUGAUUGGCUGACGGGAUGGAAACGACGCUUCAUGAUUGGCCGAUGGGACAGGACUGAGUUCUGAUUAGCUGAAGUAAUGAAAUCAACGACGCUGAUUGGCCAAAGGAAUGGCGCGGUGCUUCUGAUUGGCCGGUGGGACGGCGCUGCGUUCCGAUUGGCCAAAGGAAUGGGAUCAACGCUUCCGAUUGGUCGAAGGGUGGUGGUUGGAACCGCCCACUAAAGCGCUGCGCGGCAACGGAGCGGGGGGGGGGGGGGGCGUGGCCAAACCUAAACCCCGCCCCCUUUCACCCCCCCCGUUGCAAUCCCAUUGGCGGACAUCAAAGUGGCAGCACCAUAUAUGGGCGUGGGCUGCGCGUGGUCUAUUUGCAUAGCCACGCCCAGCUCCCCCCGGCGAUUUGAAUAAAGCUUUCAUAUUCAUGA